AUGGUGGUGUUCCGAAACGAUCCUUGUGGUAUCACUUGCAUUGUUUUGACGUACACAGCCGUCUUUUACGCAGAUUAUGUCGUCAUUGAGUGGCUAAUUAUACCAUCGUUAUCUGGCAGUUUAUGGGGAGGAUUUAAUGCCGUUUUAUUUAAUGUCUUGGUAUUUUUGAUUUUAAUGUCCCAUGCAAGAGCUGUCUUCUCAGACCCAGGAAUAGUUCCACUGCCAUCAACAGCAAUCGACUUCUCUGAUGUCCGUGCUGGCCAGACACCUAAAAAGAUCUUUGAUAAGUCUCUUGCCUUUCCAUAUCAUCGACUCUUACUCUAUCCCCAUUGCCAACAAUCUACCAAGGAUGAACAUGAGGAAGGGGAAAGUUGGACAGUUUGUCAAAGAUGUGAAACGUACCGACCUCCUAGAGCACAUCACUGUAGAAUAUGUAGACGAUGUAUACGAAAAAUGGACCAUCACUGCCCAUGGAUCAACAACUGUGUUGGGGAGUUCAAUCAGAAAUUUUUUAUUCAGUUUUUAUUUUAUGUGGGUGUAGCGGCCGUGUAUGCGAUUGUACUCGUCUGUAUAUCAUGGGUGGUGGGUUGUAAAACAUGUGAUAUUAGUGGCAGCUAUCAGAAUGGCAGAAUAGCGCAUACAGUGAUCCUGAUAGUUGAGUCCAUUCUAUUUGGAUUUUUUGUUCUUGCCAUUAUUUGUGAUCAGCUAUCAGCAAUAUUUGAUGAUGAAACUGCAGUGGAAUCAAUUCAGAAGAAAAACAAUGGCUAUGUUCGUGUACGGAAAUCAAAAAUGGUGCUUUUGUCGGAGGUAUUUGGGCGUGGCCCCAUGAUAUUUUGGCUUUUUCCCUGCCACCAAGGAUCAACAACUUCACAUCUUCAGCCUCCGCAGUACGAUGUCUGACCCACCGUAAUGUGCAUUACCACCCCUAUUACUUAGUACGUUC